UAACAACAAAUUAUUUUUCUUUGGUACUUUUUGGAUCUGUGGUAAAAGCUAUCUUGUGUAAACUACCAUUUUCAUGAAUAGGAACUGAAGUUAUUUAGAUAUUAUAAUUGAGGCUGUUUGUAAUAUAUUCUUUUCCUGAAUUGUCUGAUAGUUUCUUGACAUGAUUAUAGUUGAUGUAAAAAGAAGCUUUAACUUCCAGCUCUUUCAGCUAGACGUACUGUGGUAAACUUGUGUUUAUACAGACUUCUACAUCAUUAUAGCCUAUCGAGAGUUCUUAGUUCUGGGGUAUACUUUUCAUAUGGUUCCAUUUGUUAGUUCUUAUUUUGAAGUUUUAUUUGAUUUGAUAAUGAAAUGUAAUGAAGUUUGUAAAUGCUUUUAAUAAUUUAGAUAAAAAAUAAAGUUGCUAUAGAGUCUGAAAAUUAUAUGCCAGUUGUGAUUGUAUUACUUGUAUGCCCUUUCAUCCUUUCAAUGAAUUCCUUUUUCGACCCCCCCAACAAACUAGUGUGUUCUACUAUUCUUUCUUAGGGAACAUUCUUUUUGAUUUCAUGAAAAAACUAGGUUGUAUGCUUAAAAAAUACAAACAGUCUCUUGAUUCCAGACCACAUAGAGUUCUUAGAAUCUAAUCUAGGUUGAGAUGUCAUUUCUGGGUCUGUGUUUCAAUUGUGGUUGUAUAAAACGUUAAAAUUAAAUAUUUUUAAAUAUAACUUAUUAUGACAAUUAAGUGGGCUAUACAUUGAAAGAUAUGAUUGAGUGAUAUGUUUGCUGGAGUCUUUUUAGAAGAACUACUUUUCAGGUUAAAAAUAAUCAACUUUUAGGCAAGAAUCGUGAUUUGUUAGUUGACGACUCUACAGUGUUCAUUGUUGGUGAUGGAGUAUUGGCUGCUGCAACAUAAUCUCAACUAACAUAUUAUGCCUUAUCUUGCAAAUUGAGCAGAACGUGUGCCAAGAACUGGUUAGUUAAUUGGCGUGAUAUGGCUCAUUAAAUGCAGAAAAAGGUAAUAGGCAAUGACUUAAUUUAUUCUAAUCUUUCUUUCAAUACAGUUCAAUUUAGUGUUUCAGUGAAAAGGAUUGUUGUAACACUGUAUAUACUGUACUCUUCUGUGGGAUGGAUGAACAAAUCAAAAGCUUACAAUAUUGACCUAUUCAGUAAACUUCUGGAGAGUCGGCCGAGACAUGUUCCUCUACUAACAGUCUCUAACCAUCAUUCAUGUUUUGAUGACCCAGGAAUUUGGGGGUUACUCAGCUGGAAGCAUCUAGUGAGCCGUAACACAAUGAGGUGGUCCCUUGCAGCUCAUGAUAUCUGCUUCACCAACAGCUUCCACUCGUAUUUCUUCAUGCUGGGAAAGUGUAUCCCAGUCAUACGAGGGAAGGGUGUCUAUCAGGAUGCGGUAAAUUUCUGUAUAGAGCAAUUGAGCCGAGGGCAGUGGGUUCAUGUGUUCCCGGAAGGACGAGUUAACAUGACUAAGGAAUUCAUCCGGCUCAAAUGGGGUGUUGGCCGGAUGAUCCUGGACUCACCGGUUACUCCGGUGGUAAUUCCAAUAUGGCAUAUCGGUAUGGACGAUGUGCUGCCCAAUGAGCCACCCUAUAUUCUCAAAAUGGGGAAGAAGGUGACGUUCAACUUUGGUGAGCCCAUCGACUUGUCAUCUCUCAUUGACGAGUUGAAGACUUCAAAUGUUAGCGCCGAAGUAGCAAGGAAAGCAGUCACAGACAAAAUUCAGGAAGAACUGUUAAGCUUGAAAGAGAAAACAGAAAAGUUACACAAUGCAUAUUUUAGAUCUUGACCAAAAUCUGGGCCUCAGCGCCGCCACUCGAUCUAGAUUCCUCAUUCCCUCCCGCAGCAGCGUGUGCCUAAAUCGUUUUUAUAGUUUUUCAUAUUUCUUUUGGUUUUUUAUUGUAUUGUUUUCAUAAUAUGGUGUUGUUCAUGCCACUUUACAGCCUGACAACACUUAGGUGUAACUUUUAUUUUAUGAUUAUUUCAAAAAUUGACCUUGAGAGGGUGAAUAAUAAUUAUGAUUUUCAAUUUCUAGACUAGGCUCUGUGCAGUUUUCAGUUGCAUUUAAUUGUUAUUUUUUACUAUUUACUUUAAAAAUAUGAAACAUUUGAAAAUUUAUUUGCAGAUAUUUUUGCUAGCUUAUUCCUGAAGUAGGAUGUAAACCUGUCAGCUCACCCAGAGUUUAUAAGGCAGAUAUUUAAUUUUUGGAAUGAUUUUCAUUUUAGUGUAGUGUAGUUGUUGAGAGUAUACUUUUUUAAUUUUUAGACAUCUUGUUGUUUUUUCAUAAAGCCUUUAAUGCUUAUCAGUCCAUCACCCAUUACGAGUAAAUUGAUAUUGAAAGAUUUAGUGUAUUUAUUGUUAGCAUAGUUUCAUACAAUUAUAUCAGAAGAGUAGUUCAUAUUUCAAAAUUUUACAAAAGAUUUAAAAAUUAAUUAAGAUUAUUAUAAAACUUGAAUAUUUACAUUGAAUUCCAAAACUUAAUUUCUCCCAUAGUAUGGAAUUGCCGUUGUGUCAAAAAUGAAUUUUAAAUUUUUGGUUAGACAUCCAUUUUAGGGCACCACAAACCAUUCAAGCGAAUCUUUGUUUGAUUUUAUUUGAUUUUGGUAUAUAAAGUAUAGUUUAUUAUAUUUUCAUUCAUUUUCUUAAAACUUUGAAUCAUUAAUUCAUGUUUCUUGUAAACAGUUCAAAAUGUUCUAAAACUCAUCUAAUGAUGAUUGUGUGCUCUUUAUGGGCCACUAAAAAAAUGCUCGAGAUUUUAAAAAUAUGGUAUGAUGAUUGGAUGUUGAAUAUUAUAAUAUAUUUAGUGUUCAAGAAAACAAUAUCGCCAAUUUGAAAAAAACAGCAAACAUCAAUAGCAGAAAAAUUAAAAAGAAAAAUGACAUAAAUAAGAAAUAGUUAGUAAUCAUAAUAAAUAAUACCAAUAAGAAUUUUAAAUAUGUGUCCUUUAUAACUCGAACAAUGCGUAGUAAUUAGCAAAAUAAAAAAUUAGAUUUUUUAGAGCUGAAUUAUGGUAAGACAUCAAGAAAUCAUAGAUGAUAUUGCCACUGUAUCAUUGAGUCAGCAAGGUGGACUAUUAGCAAAAUCGAUAUAUUUUAUCCAAAUUCUACACUAGCUACAAGAGUGAAAGAGACAGUCAAUGACUUUGAUUUUAGUAUAUUAUGAAGAAAGUCACAAGAACCUUAUCCCUUCUUAUAAUUGGUUUAGAACACUUUAUUUUUUUACAUACGUAGAAUAAUUAGUAAUGCACUAGGAAGUGGAGAAACAUUGUUGCAGUGAAAUGAGGAAAUUGAUUAAAGCGGAUUUUUCCUAUUUACCGUCACAUUUACUGUGUAUAACAAUAAUAAUUGACAUUGCCUUGCCUCAGUCAUCUGUUCUUCAUUACAAUACAUAAAUUAUUAGUUGAUGUCUAAUAGCAAACUCCUCAAAACAUUGUUAUGUCUAGGGUUAUCAUUGUAAUUAUUGUACAAAUAAUGUUAAAAGAGAAUGUAAUUAAUGGAAAACUGUAUACUUUUUAUGUUAACAGCAUAGAACUAAAUUUGAUUGUGUAAUAAUAUUUUAUAACAUUUGCCAUCGUUAGUAUUUCAAGUCUUGGUCUCUUUCUUGGUGAAUAAAUAACUUAACACAUAUCAAAAGAUUUAUAUAGUGUAAGGUUAUUUAUUUAUACUAGGAAAAAGAUUAGGUUCUAUAGGAAACCAUGUUUCCUUUUUAAUUAGACUUAAUGAUAGAAAAUGUUGCAACUAUCCUGUUAUCCAGUUUUUACAGGCCUGCAUACCUAUCACAAAAUUACACUUAGUUAUCAGUUGAACAUAUUAUCAGGAAGUUUUAUGAAAGUAUGAAGUUACUUCAAUAGUUUUGUCACAAGCUUAGUACAGUUUGAAUUAUUGUUAUAAAAUUGAGUACGAAACUCAAAAAGGUUAUCAAAUGUAGCAAUAAUUCAAAAUUUACAAGCACUGCUUAUUUUCUCAUUCCAUAAUAUAUUUAAUUUGAUUUCAGUUCAAAGUAUGGUCAAGUUAAAUGUUUAACCUGCAGUAUUGUAGUUGUAUCUUGCAAUACCUGCAAUGUAAAAAUGAGUUCGCUCUAAGCUCUGUGUCUUAGAUAGAAUAAUCACCAGCCUCGUCCAUCGUACAUGUAUGUGACACAAGUAAAAACAGUACGUUAGUUCUAAAAUAUUUUAACUUGGCGAGCACAUACUAUACCAGAGCAAGGCAUCCACAUGUCUACAUCUUACACUUAAACUGGAUAAUUGGACAGUAGAGUUCUCUGAGCAGAGAGGAACUUAACUGUCAAAGUAAGGUUCCAAAAGCAAAUAUCAGUGAAAUUUUUAACUGCUAAGACAGCUUCUACGAAGAAAGCUUCAAAUAUCAUCUAGCUUUUUAUAAUUUGGUUUUUGGCAUAAUUUGUUGCAACAGUGUUAGAUACAGUUUUCAUUAACACACUCAGAAAAGAAUCUGUGAAUUACUUUUAUUUUAGAGCAUAAUGAAUAACUUGGCAUGUAAAAGAGUUGUUAAUGCAGUGGAACCACAUUAAUACAAAUCUGAGAUGGUUAGUUAUCAUUUGUUGUACGGAGCAAGUGAAGUUUACAAUACUGAAGUUAAAAUGGAAACACUUUUUCGUUGAGGUUUGUACAGUGUCAGGUUGACGUUUCAUGAAUUGAUCUGUGUCAUUUUUGUGUGCAUAAAAAUUGGUUUUAAGUACUACUGUGGGAUAUUUUUUGUUAUUGGGAGAUAAUACUGUAAUGAGUUUGGGUUAAUAAAUUCUUGCUAAAAAGAUUUAUUGUUUCCUCUGGGGUGACAUAAAACUAAGUUUAUUGUGUACUUGACUAGAAAAACUAAGUUUAUUAUGUAUUUGACUAGAAAGUUUUGAAUUUGAGAUGUGAAUUUAUUGUGAACCUAGUGAGGUUGAAACAAUUGAUGUUCCACUGUAAUAUAUAUUUAAUUUGGGUUGAACUGUUGGGAAAUAGAUCUUAAACUAAUUUGUAUUAACACUUCAACUCCCAAGCAGCACAGUCAGCAUGUCAGAGCGUGUGCGUAUUAACACUACUCAGGUUAUUAGUAUACGAGAUUAAUACUUUAGCUCCCAAGCAGCACAUGUGUAGUAUUGGGCUAAGCAGUAAUAACAAGCACAAGUAUUAUCAGCUUGUAAACGCUCUGGGAGUGAAUGUGUUAAGGUGAAUUGUUAAUGUUUUUGUUUUUAGUAGUUAGUUACAAGUGGUUAUUACAUGCAAGGUUGUAAUAAAUUCAGUGUUUAAGUUUAAUCUAGUGGGUACUCCUUACACAGUUGUGUAUAAUCAAGAUCAAUAUUCAUAAUGCAAGAUGCAAGUUUUGAGCUUGAAACCAAAGUAUGUUUUUACACAGGAACAAAAUUAAUAAAGACCAUUAAUUGUAAUGACAAAACAUUGACUACACAUAGUAAUACAUUAGUAUUCCAUUCCUUUGCAAUUAAUGAACGGACUCUAGAUGUUUAAUUUGUUGAAUCAUAUAGUUAAUUUAAUAUUUAAUCAAGAGGACAUGGCACUCGGUCAUCAUAUACUUUUACUAUUAUAAUAUGUGUAUAGAUUUAUUAUUUGAGUAUAUAGUACUGUACAUAUUUUUAGAUUUGAAAUUCUUCCUCAUUUUGAAAUUAGAAACAUAGCAUUUAGAUUCUAAAAGUACAAAAAUAGUAGAUUAAUGUAAUGUAUAACAAUGUACCACAAUCUUAUCUUAUGACAAAACUGUAUAAUAUUUAAACAUAGUGUGUUUACAAGACAUGAAUAAAUAGUUUAUAAAGUAAGUUUUAUUUUAUUAAACUAUUCGUAAAAUUUCAGAGUUUACUAAAUCAGUUGUAGAGUUAAAUUUUCUUGCUAAGAAACUAACCCGAGUACAUCCAGGAUUGCUGCCUUUUGAACAUAAGGUAUCAUUGAGAACUUGGCUAUACUAUCUUUAUAUUAUUGUAUUUACUUCAUAAUCAAACUAAAAAUACACCUAAUAUUAAAUUUUAACAUUUGUAGGCUUCAUGUCUGAGGUAGACAUUUGGUGUAUUUAUCCCUGUACUCUAGGGAUGCAAUUAUCUGAAGUUGAUAGGACCAAGCCUAUUUCUGAUAGUCAACAUUUUGGUAAAGGUGUCCGCCAUUAAAAACUUGUUUCUGAUUUAGUUGGUAUUGAUAUCUGAACACAGAGCAGUGGCAACACACACACAUGCGUGUAUUUACACUUAACGUAUGUACUGUAGACUUAAAGUAUGUGUCUACAGGGUGGGUCAGUAUUCACUAUUUAUAGUCUAGAAUCUAAUAAAUCCCUAAUGAAAAGUGAGCAAGAGCAAAUAGCAUAAGUAUAUACAGCACUAAGUCUAACCUUUUUACAUAGGAAAGUUUACAAAAUAACACAUAUUUAUUUGUUUUUAUUUCUUUAAACAUAACAAUAUUCUAGAGCGUACACAGAAUCAUCGCUACGGCCGGCAACAGUCUGCCUUCUAGCAGCAGUCACAACAUGUAGACUGCAGUAAAACUCGCUAAAGAUAUUUUGUAAUCAGGUAGCAUGAUUUUCAAUCUUUCAUACAAAACUUUUAUCUGAAUAAUGUUUUGUUUUAAAAUGGAUUUUUACCAAUAAAAAUUAGAUUACAAGAGAGAUGUAAAUUCUAUUUUAAUGUACUUCGGUUAACCGUAUAUCAGAUAAUCGUGUCCCUAUUGUAUGUACUGGGUAGUAGAAAGGUCUGCCCAUUCUUAUAUUAACAGUUUCAAUUAGAAAGAGGAAGGUUAAGGAAUGUUUGUAUGAAAAUAAAACAUGUUUUUUUGGUGUAUUGAAACUUUUUGGGGUACUCCAUGGGGAGUUGUUGAGAAUUAAGAGUUUUUUUAUCUCUAAUGUAGACAUCAGCAUUUCAUUUUCAAUUCCCAGUUGCGCAUUUAAAAUAAUUUAUGGAGAUUUAUUCGGUAUUGUUGCAAAUUGUACCUAUAGUGCUGAGUAAUUCAUAUUCACCUAUUUUUGGAUGGUUAAAUAAUUUUUUUAAUUCAAAGUUUAAUACUCCCAGUUUUUGUCAAAUUCUUUGAUUUUGAUCAUUUUCCAGUGACACAAGAGUUGACAAAAAAGUAACGUUUUGAUAUCCUCCAUCUUGGUGUCAGUCACCUGUGGUAGUGUAUGGACUAUGCCCCUCCUACUUUGCAGUAGAAAGUCCUUCCAAUUGUAAGGUGUUGUGUUCGAUUGGAAUUUAUCACCACAAACCAUUUGAAAUUUAUCAUCAAUUUUGUGGUGUAUAUGGAAAAGGAAUAAAAAGAGAAAGUCAAGUGAUGCAUUGAUUUAAAAAUCUACUGUGAACUACAGUUGUAAACCUAGUCUUGUAACUGUUGAACUGCUGAUGAGCAUGAACAAGAAAUUCAUUAAAAUCGUAAUUUGAUGAGUAGAAAACUUUUAAAGAUUUCCCCCCAAAUUUCAUGUAAUUUAAUUAUUACAAAUUUUGGUGCCUGUCUACAUACUGGUGUAAACCAAUGGUUGAAUCGUUGGUGGCAGAUUUAUACACAAACUGUAUUGAAACAUUUGUGCUAUGAUAAGUACUGUAAUUUCAAUAGUGAUUAUGCAGAAAAAUAAGUAAUGAAUUGCCUUUCAAAUGUAUAUAGUAAAAUUGUUUUUUCUCAUUUUGUUGAUAUGUAAUUUCAAAACUUUUUUUACAUUCUGGACAGCUCUUCUAUACAACAAAGAAAUAAAUUGCUAUUUAGUUUGGGAACUUCCUCAUCCUUUCAUAUUAUAUCCUCCUAUUGUAAUUCUAAAUAUGCCAAAAAGGAGAUCUCGUUAAGUCAGUAAUGCUUCUCAAAUUUUCUUUUUCUUUCUGCAAUCAUUAAAAAAUUAGCUGGAGACUAACAGUUUGAUCACUCUGUAGGCACUAAAUUGUACACUGAGUGCAGUUAGAUGAAGUUUUGAGGGCUUUGCAACAAUCAUCUUGACAAUGAUUAACUCUCAUAGAACUGAAGUGUAAUUACAUUGCUGUAGCACCGAGGUAUUAGUUAAUUUGAAAAUUAGUGAUUCGAAAUUCUCAAAACAUACGCUUACGAUUAUUUAUAAGCACAUUCGCCUGCUUAGUGAAAUGGGCAUACGUUCACACUGAGAUAAGUGUAUUCAAAGUGUAGCUGAUUUCUAAACUUGUAAAGCGAUCAACAAAAAUUUAAAAGUUUUGGUAAUUACUUAUCAAUGUUAAAAUUUUUCCCAUGCACCAAUAAAAUCCGUAAUGUUAUAAAUUAUGUUGUAAUUUUUAAUAGAGAAAAAAAGGCGUAGAUACAUAAUUUUUGUUGUGAAUAGAACACCCUGUCAAGCGCUGUAAUCUCAACAAAAGAUUUAGUUUGUAAGCAUCUAACACACGGAGCGCUGCUGCAGCAGAAAAAGCUAUAACAAGUGCACAACAGAAAAGCUGUAUCUACACACUACAGUCAGAAUACUGAAACUGUGUCAUUAGUUGUAUGGAUGCAGCUCUUUAUGUUGUAAGGCACUUGUUUAUUAGUACAUACAUCAUACUCUUUUGUAAAUAAUCUUUGGAACCACUUAAUUCAUCAUUCGAAUAAGCAGAUUAAAAUAAGACACGUUCAUUUUGAAAUGUGAAAUUCAUGUUAAUACAGCAUUUUUUCUUAGUAGGGCACAAAACAGUCCAACCUGGACAGAAAACUAUAAAUAUUUCAACUGCCUUCUUCUUAAGUCUAGCAUGUUCUAAAAGCAUAUGUUAUAUUACUAAUGCAUGUUUAGUAACACUGCAAAACAGUGGUUCUAUUCUCAACAAAUGGGGAUAUACCAUUCGAAAUUUCAUAUAACUCUGUCUAUACAUUAUUUAAUUGAAUGGUUGAAUAUAGCUUGUAAAGUUUUCCAUAGUAUCAAUUUCUUACUCCAAUGGUUCAACUUUUAGAUACAAAUUUGAGUAGUACACAUAACUCAUUUUUCACAUUCAAUUUCUUCUUAUCUAGGAAGAAGAUCCAUAGAUAUUUUAAAAUAAAAAUAAUGCUAUUACAUAUCACUAGGUAGUAAAUUAAAUAUAAAACACGGAGAAAUUGAAAUUCAAGUGUCAUAGACAUGAUAUAAAGGUUGUGCAAGUUCACUAUUAAUAGCAUUUUAGUUUCUAAGUGUUUGUUUGUAAUAGGUACAGGUGAGACUGAAGGUAUUGGGCCUGUUAAUGUACAGACAGUUGUAAAAGGGUAUAUAUAGAAGAAAUUACUUGUUUUGUUAUUAAUUUAUUGUUAUUAUCAAGAUUCAAAAUGAUUGCAACUUUGUGAUCGUUGUUAUUAGAUAAUAAAUUUUGCAGCAAUAGCAAAGUGAAA